AUGGCCGACGUUUAUUAUGAUGAAAGUUUGCAAUGUAAGUUAAAGAACGCAUGCUUUUAUGCAGCGGUGUCAAGUAACGAAGUAAAUGUACUUCGUUACUGUACUUGAGUACUAUUCUUGAGAAGUCGGCAUGUAAACUUUUUCUCGAGUACUUUUACUUGGAACGAAGUCGUUUUAAGAAGUAACGUUUUACUUCGUUAUUUUCAUUUUGUGGCGAAGUAUUUCGUUACUUGUUGUUUAAUUUUACGUGAUUUAUCCGGCGAUAUAUUUUAAUUUUGGGAUAGGUAAUACGACCUCUACGUGCGUCUGGGAUCUCUCGUUUGUGGCUUACUUAUAAGCAUUAUUUAUUUAAUGGAUUUCUUAUAUCUACACGAACGGGGUCUGGAAAGUAGACCAUGCCGUGAAAUAUUGUAUAUUAGGUGCACGCAUAUAAUGCGUGUGCUGCUUUGUGUAUUUUGUAUGUCAAUCCAUUGGAGAAGUCCCCCUCGAGGCCCCCCUCCCCUACACGCUAUAAUAGAACUUUUACUUUUUACUUAAGUAUACGUUUUGCCUCCAGUACUUUUUACUCUUACUCAAGUCGUUUUAUUGUUAAUUACUUCUACUUUUACUCGAGUACAAAUUCAAAGUAAUUUAGGCACCACUGCUCUUAUGCCCAGAUACUGGCACAUAGCUAUAGGUUUAAAAAGCAAACUGAAUACUACCUUAACAUAGGAAAUCAACCGCGAUGGAUUUUAAAAAUUCGCGUUAAUUUAAAUAACUUUAAAGAAAUCCGUUAUUAAUUUAAUAAAUGUUAUUAAAGAAAUCCACGUUAAUUAAUAUGUCGCGAAAAUUUAUGUCGCGUGGAGGUACACAAGGAAUUAGUCAGGGGCGUAGCAUGACCUUUUUAACUGGGGGGGUGUAACAUGUAAGUUUUACCGACCCACGCGCCACGAGGCGCCACCAUGGUUGGCGCCGAGCGGAAAAUUUUUGAAAAUAUGGAGUCUCUAGAUCGUUGGAAAUGGCAUUUUCAGAGCCUUCUGUACCUUAUACACACAAGGUUUGGUAGCUUUUAUUUAUAUCAAACAAAACCAUAUUGUUGAAGUUGUGUUAUUUUCGAAAUCCGCGAGAAUCCGUCAGAUAUUAACAAGCUGUGAGACUGUGAGUGUGAGCUCACCGUGAGGUUUUAUUAGAAUCCGUGACCGCCCCUUAUACGCUACAUAUAACAUAUACAUAACAUAACAGCUAUACAGCAAUUGACAAAUAAAUAUUUCGGCGCGCGUUUAAUUUAAUGACACUUACCGUGACUUUAGUCAGCCGUCUAGAAAUAACGUAGAACCAGAAACGUAGCAAACGCUUUAUUAAUUGGAAUAAUUGUUGUCUUUGUUACUUCGCGAUAAGUCAUUUUACCCAAUGGCAUUUAUCUUGUUGUUUAUUCUAAUGAACAGACUUGAAAAAUUGGCGAAACAUUUUAUGAGCACCGCGUGUCAAUAACAAAUAUAUAAAUAUAAUCUUUAAUUCUUUUGCGUAUCAUUGUAUCAAGGUCAAAAGUUCGCGCACAGUUGAACAUGUCCAAUCAGAACCGACUGUUUUCGCAGCUCUUGCAAGUGUAAUACGAUAGGAAAUUAGGGGCUCCAAUGCGUAGAUAUUUAAUAUAAGUGUUUUAAUACUGACGAAUUACGUACAUUUUGCAUAACUUUAUUGGAGAACAAGGCACAACAUUAAUUUAAUUUUUUUUUAUUAUUAAAAGCCAUUUACCGAGGAGCAAAAUUCCACUUUAACCGAUUUGUUUUACCGACCGCUGUCAUGGCUCUUGCCAUUACCGAAUAACUUCGCGUUUUACCGACUACCUCACUAAAACUGGGGGGGUGUCACACCCCCCCACCCCCCCGCACCCUACGCCCCUGGAAUUAGUACUAUAAAGUUAACGUUCUCAUGGCGUUAAACCGUUAUGCGCAGGUUUGUAUUGGCACAUAUGCGUAUAAACGGCUCAUGUUGACAUCUGUUGACUAUGUAAUAGUAUGUAUACUUACCUGAAUAUGCAUGCAGUAUCCGGGGAAUAAUAUUAGGGUAGGAUGUGGCCAGUAAUUUGCAUCCUAUUACCACAGAGUAUAAACUAUAUAGAGGUCCGACUCCUUGUCGGUGCCUUUGAUGCCAGCGUAACCGGCCGCCAUGACCGUGUUAGUGAGGUAAGAACAGGCCGUCAGUCUCUGGAAAACAUUCAAAAUGGCGGGAUUGUUUUACACUUUCGGGGGGAGCGGGUGCCUCUCGUUAGCGCACUCAUGGCUAAUAAAAUGACGGCUGCGUGUCUGAACGGCGGGUGGGCGAGUGCCAAAAAAUUGAAAUCGGGUUACAAGCGAAUGCACGUGUAGGUGGAGUUAGGAUUUGGGAACUCUGGGAAAAACAAUCCUUGGGGCCCUAGUGAUUUCCUAUUGUCGGAAUCUUUGAAGGUUAGCAGCUCAUUCGGUUCAUACUUUUCAACUUCUAGGACAAUCAGCUAGGUUAUUUCUUAUAGAUAAAGAGCCUGUGGGCAUUCUCCCCCAGAAAAGGUUUGGAUUAUAUGAUCUCAGGAAUGGCAAAUUCAUGAGAUGAUUCAAUUAUGUAAUUCAAUACUGUAAUUCAAUACUGUAAUUCAACAGUAAUAUUUGUGGAUAUUUCACUUUAUUCUUAUUUCACAAAUUGCCCUCCCCUCUGGGUGGUGUGAGUGGGUAAAUUGCAUGAACAGGUGUAUUUCAGUUGGUUAUAUCUUCCCUAUCUUCUCUCUUUGCAUAUGUAGCUAAUAACAUGUACCGUAACUACAAGAUGGCUCUUGCACGGAUGAGGAGAAUUUGUGAAGAUAUACCAGAGGAAUUGAGAGGUAUAGUCAUGUUGGUUUUCAUAUGUGGAUCUAUUAUUGUACAUUGUACUCUCCAUGUCUCUUCUGAUUGCCCGGCUUAUAAGUACAAUUAACAAGGCGCCAGCUGAGGCAUUCACACUGGUCCCAAAAUCUGCCUCGUACCCAGAUAUUCAGACAGACGGGCGACACGCGAAGUGGCUGUUUGCUGUUAGGAAGAGCCAUUCGCCCUUCACUCGCCAGUACAAUACUUCAUGUAAACUCGUCAUGCGCGCGUCGCUGUUUUUUACAAAGAGGUGCCUUGGUUACGAGGCAGCCCCAAAAUGACAACUUGUGCGUUAGGGUGUAAAUGUGUUAUAUGGAGAGGGGAUUAUUAUAGUUAUUUAAAACUACCUCUGUGUAGUUUAAACUUAAACUUGCCCUUGGGUUAUUCAUAUUCAGUACAAGACGCCAGUUUAGGCGUUCACUGCAGCUGGGGCGACAUUAUACGCCCAAAAUUCGCAGAGCAUCAGAACAAAAUGCGCAAUAUACAAGGCCUGAAAUUUUUAUUGACCCAUAUAACGAAGUUUUGCCUUUGUUUCCUUAAUUGAAAAGCGACCAAAAUUCUACUACUAAUCCAACGAUAUCACGAAGGCUGUCAUCGCUGAACUUCGUAAUUCUUGAACUUCGUGACCCCUUUCUGUGUUGUUGGGACGCGUGUUUAGACACGUGUUUCGCGUUGUGAAUAUCUCAUUCCAUAUUCAUCGAAUGUGACGCACGCUGAAAGUGGUGAUACAGGCGGUUUACGAAUUACAUCGCCGAACACUGAGCCUGCGAUAUCCUGAUGGAAUGUCACGUUUGUGACACCCAAACCAAAAACAACGAAGACAGAAAAGCACCCAUUUUAUCGUCAUAAUGCAUCUGCAGAUAAACCAGUUUAUAGGCUAGUAUAAAAAUUUAUACAGAAGGGAUUCAACAAGCUCGAAUUAGACUAUGAAAUUUUAUUAUUACUUAUUUAAAAACAGGAAAAAGCGUCAUUGUGUUGUGACACAAUUCCUCACUCCUUCGGCAGUCGUCAUUGGCAUGAUUAAUAUUACUUUUUAAAUAUCGACGUUAUGACGUCACUACGCUGAAUAUCAUGUCAAAACUCCAUAUUUGUCAUGGGCAGCUAUUGAGCUAAUUUCACAGUUGACGAUUUCGCAAUUGGCCGAAGGUUGUGUUUGGUGGGGUUCGCUGAAAGACUUGGAGUUCACAGUGGCGGCAUAAAGUUGGACGUUUAAACAAUAUUUUUAAUAUUAUUACUGAUCAUGCGUUUGCUCUCAGAGCCUCACGCUUAGUAUUUAAAUCACUUUUAUGAAAAUAACGUACACGUUAAAUGAAAACAUCAGACUAAGUUAUUUUACAUGAUGACAAAAUAAUAAAUAAUAUAGAGUAGACCGAAUCACUGGAAGAGACUCCUCUUGGUGUAAUGUUCUCGAGUUAAUUUUAAUAACUAAGAAAGUAAACAUGGGUCUUUAUGUUAACGAUACGAGAUUUCGUGGAUUUAAAGACUCAAGAAUUUAACAAAUAUAAAACAUUUUCCGCAGGCGGUGUGCACAAUACGACCGCAAAGCAGUAUGGGCUCUGUGGUAUGGGGGCACAAUUUACACAUUUUGCGAAGGAAUGUUAGUUCACCAUCAGUUAAGGGUAAGUUUAGCAUUUAUUCGUAUUUCCUCUCAUUUUGAUUACGUUUGGUAUUAUUAUAUCGAAAAGGAGUGUUUGGUGUUAAUUAAUGUGUACCUAAAAUCAUUCACAAAAACUUGACUGUGUCGAAAGUUAUAGCCGAUUGAACUGAACCCAUAUUUGGCAUGUUUCGACGUUGUGUUUUACUAGCGUUUUUAUAUUGCCAGAAUAUCCUUACACGAUUAAAAAUUAAUAGCAUUUCUUUUCUAUACUUGUUUUUUAAAGCAUAAACUAUCCAAAAAUCACAUCGCACCCCAUCGCACCUCGUACGGUUCGUCUGCAAUUUUUGAAUUUAUAAUGCAUAUUUUAACAGGUAAAUGAUGCAUUGACACCGGCUACCAAGAGCAUAGUCUGCAUAUCUUAUAUACACUAGAUAGUGCAUCUAAUUAUUCUGCAAUUCAAAAAUUGAAGCCGUGAUUGCAGUCUCAGGGUAUUCCCAUGAAAUGAGAAGAUUCGUACGUUUUCUAUUUCUUAAACAGGGAACUUAAACAUUAAGUUAAACCUAUUCCCAAAUACAUUUUUAAACUAUUCAAAUGAUGAAAGUUAUUGUUGUUUUUUAAGCAUUUAUUAGCGAGUGGGAACUACCAACAUGGCCGCCAUCUAUUCAAAUGGGGGUAACCGCUGGAAUAUUCUUGGCUUCAAUUUUACUAAAAGAGAUGUGCUAUCUAGUGUAUAUGAGAUAUCUAUGACCAAGAGAUGCUUCGAGCUGUCAACUGGCGACAGUCCAGGGAAGCCAAAGCCCAAGUUGACUUUACAUGAAGGUAGUUCGAGGAAGAGCCUUUUCCAAACAAUUUCUCAAAGUUCUGUAUCCAGCAGGAAUGAAAAACCAGUGUCAUGGACUAAACAAGAAACCUGUAUGGUAAUACAGUAUAUAUGUCUGUAUUGGAAAGAUGCCUUGAACGACAAAUGGCCUACAACCAAAGAUAAAGAGUUCUGGGAUGGAUGUGCCCAAGCAGUAUUUAAUGCAUGUAAUUCCCAACGAUCAGGUAUGGUAUUCAAAUCAUACUGAUAUUAAAUUAAAUCAACUAACCGAGCAUUGGGUGAAUGGGUGCCAGCGCCCCCUCCUUGACGGGUAAAAUCAGCUGGUGUUAGUAGACAGAGUAAAAUAAUAAAGAAGGGCACAUUAGGAUGCAGUGCAACUUAACGGAUUAAUUAAACCCAUAAUAUAAUAUCAGGCUGAACACAUUUGCAGGAUGAAACAUUUGUAAACAUUAAAUGAAGGGCGAUGCUUAAUUUAAUUCGACAAAUGCAAAUUGAGUUGACGCAUCUUUAAACAACAAGCUCCCACAUAAUGUUGUGAUUAAAUUCAACUGAUAAAUGCCAUGUGUGUAUUCUUAUAUUUCAAUUAAAUCAAAAUAUUUUAAUUGUUCUAGGAGUUUCAUGUAGAACCCGAGUCCUAAAAACCUUGGCGAAAGAAUACGGUACAUUGAGUGAUGCAGAAAAAGAUUUUGAAAUUGACUAUGUACAUGAUUCUGUUGGCUCAGCUAUUCCUGUGCCAUCAAGUCCUGCUGCUGUGUUCAAUUUUAGUGAUAAUCUCUCACCAAUUUCCAAAGAGUCACCAUGUAAGGGCUCAGCAGGAAAUAACCCAGGUACUGUUGGUGAUAUUGUCCAAAAUUUCAUCACAACCUUCAAGUGUAGCAUGUCCCAAAGAUUAAAGGAACAAUUAUUGAACUAUUUAUACAAGCUUUUUGUUAUUGAACUUGGAGGCAUGGCUUUAUACCAAUUUGUGCAAGCAGAUUUUCUGAACAAAAGUUUAAAUGCCAUGACAACAUUGCUGCAAGAGGGCAAGAAGAACUUGCUUUAUGGUAUGUCACGGUGCUUUGAGAGACGAAAAGAUGGCACAACUGAGACAAGUAUGCCUUUGAGUCGAAUGCCUUUUGGAUUGAUUGAUUACAAUGUAAGGUUUUUUGCUGCUGACAGUUGCCAAAAGCUUGGAGUUGAAGACCAUUAUGUGCAGUGGAUUGCAACAACGUUUGCACAUUUUGGGCACAAAUGGAUGGUCCCUGUAUCGUGGUCCCUAUUGGCAGUAUGUUCACUCGGUCAAAGCAAAAUGCAAAUGAGGCGCAAUUGCAAUUCAGGCGCGAAAACCCCAUCACCCUUUGCGGUUGUAUUGCGCACACCGCCUGCAUUUUCCGUGUUGAUGAUAUAA